AUGAAUAAUGCUCCUAAUUUAAUGCCUGCUCCCGAUAGUAGUAAUUCGGGUGAUGAAUUAUAUGCUACUCAUUUCUUAAUUACUCGGGAAAGUAAUGGUAGCCAAGGGAAAGUAGAAAUAGAAAUCAAAGGACACCAUAUAAAAAAAAGAAGUUUAAAAGGAACUCCUCCACCUGGUUUUGGUAAUCCUCCUCCUCCAUUAAAUCCUGGUGAAGUUAUUCCUGAUAUUCCCGAGGUAGUUCCUGAUGAACCCGAAAUAAAUACUCCCGAACCUGGUCCUGAUAUUCCUGAUAUGGGAG